GCGGGAAAAGGGGGCGGGGCUUCCUCUGGGCUCCGCUUGCGUCACUUCCGGCCGCACCAGCCUGCGCUGAGCCGCGUGAGAGGCUCCAUCAUGUCUCGCUUCUUCACCACCGGCUCCGACAGUGAAUCUGAGUCCUCAGCCUCUGGGGAUGAGCUGACCCCGAAGCCAGCGGGGGGCAACUACAGCAAGCCCCUGUUGCUGAGUGAGGAUGAGGAGGACACGAAGCGCGUGGUGAGGAGCGCCAAGGACAAGAGGUCAGAGGAGCUGUGCUCCAUCAUCCGCGCCCUCCGGAACGCCAUGAAGAUCAAGGAUGUCUCUCGCUGCCUCGAGGACUUCGAGCUCUUGUCUCGUGCAUUCAACAAGGCCAAGGGGGUCCUGGAGCGGGAGGGACCCCCCAGGUUCUACAUCCGCAUCCUGGCUGACCUGGAGGAUUACCUGGCGGAGCUAUGGGAGGACAAGGAGGGCAAGCGCCGCAUGAACAAGAACAAUGCUCGAGCUCUCAGCUCCUUGCGCCAGAAGCUCAGGAAACACAACCGGGAGUAUGAGGCUCAGAUUGCAGCCUAUAGACAGAACCCGGAGCUCUCGGAUGAGGAUGAGGAGAAGAGGAGCCAGGACUCAGAGGGCUCCUCCCCCUCCCCCUCCUCCUCAGGGGAUGAAGAUGAUGCUGGAACCUUCCUCAAGAAGAGGGAUGAGGGACGGAGCCGAUUCCUGAAGGGCUCCGCCUCCCCCUCCCCCUCCUCAGGCUCGGGUGGGGGUUGGGGCUCGUCCGGCUCCGGCUCCGGCUCCGAAGAGGAGGAUGAGGGGGGGGAGGGGAAGGGAACAAACCUGCAGCUGGCCAGUAGGUUCCUGAAGAGGGAUGAGGAGCGCCGGGGGGGGGCUGAGCGCCGCAGGGCUGAGCGCCGCCGCAAGAGAGCCCCAAGGAGCCGCCGGGAGGAGGAGGAGGAUGAGAAUGAAGGAGGUGAAUGGGAGAAAGUGAAGGGAGGAGCCCCAUUGGUCAAGGAGAAGCCCAAGAUGUUUGCUAAGGGCACUGAGAUCACUCCUGCUGUGGUGCUCAAGAAGCUCAAUGAGAUCCUGCAGGCUCGGGGCAAGAAGGGCACUGACCGCGCAGCCCAGAUUGAGCUCCUGCAGCUGCUGGUGGCUGUGGCCAAUGAGAACGGACUUGGGGCUGCCCUAGAGAUCAAGAUCAAGUUCAGCAUCAUUGCCUCUCUCUAUGACUACAACCCCAACCUGGCCACGUACAUGAAGCCGGAGCUCUGGCAACGCUGCCUCAGCUGCAUUGAGGAGCUCCUGGAUGAGCUGUUCCAGCAUCCAGAGAUCUUCAUAGGGGAGAACAUCCUGGAGGAGUCCGAGAACCUCAGUAACCCUGACCAGCCCUACCGCGUCCGCGGCUGCAUCCUGACCCUGGUGGAGCGAAUGGAUGAGGAGUUCACCAAGAUCAUGCAGAACACGGACCCACACUCACAAGAGUACGUGGAGCAGCUGAAGGACGAGGCUCGCGUCUGCUCCAUCAUCUCCCGGCUCCAGCAGUACCUGCAGGAACAGGGAUCCCCUGAGGAGCUGUGUCGGGUUUACCUGAGGCGCAUCCUGCACACGUACUACAAGUUCGAUUAUGGGAUGGCAGCCGACGGCAGUGAGGACUCUGCCUCCCUCAUGGACAGACUCUGCAAGUUCAUCUACGCCAAGGACAGGACCGACCGGAUCCGGACGUGCUCCAUCCUGUGCCACAUCUACCACCAUGCUCUGCACAGCCGCUGGUACCCGGCCAGGGACCUCAUGCUCAUGUCCCACCUGCAGGACAACAUCCAGCACGCGGACCCCCCCGUGCAGAUCCUGUACAACCGCACCAUGGUCCAACUGGGCAUCUGCGCCUUCCGCCAGGGCCUCAUCAAGGACGCCCAUAAUGCCCUAUUGGACAUCCAGUCCUCGGGUCGAGCCAAGGAGCUGCUGGGUCAGGGUCUGCUGCUCCGGAGCCUCCAGGAGCGGAACCCGGAGCAGGAGAAGGUGGAGAAGAGACGUCAGGUCCCGUUCCACAUGCACGUGAACCUGGAGCUGCUGGAGUGUGUGUACCUGGUGGCCGCCAUGCUGCUGGAGAUCCCAUACAUGGCAGCACAUGAGUUCGAUGCCAGGAGGAGGAUGAUCAGCAAACAGUUCCAUCAUCAGCUCAGGGUGGGGGAGAGGCAGCCCCUGCUCGGCCCCCCCGAGUCCAUGCGGGAACAUGUGGUAGCCGCAUCCAAGGCCAUGAAGAUGGGAGACUGGAGGAGCUGCCACCGAUAUGUGGUCAAUGAGAAGAUGAAUGGGAAGGUCUGGGACCUGUUCCCGGAGGCUGACAAGGUCCGAGCCAUGCUGGUCAGGAAGAUCCAGGAGGAGUCUCUGCGCACCUACCUGUUCACCUACAGCAGCGUCUAUGACUCCAUCAGCAUGGAGAUCCUGUCGGCCAUGUUCGAGCUGGACCUGCCCACAGUGCACAGCAUCAUCAGCAAGAUGAUCAUCAAUGAGGAGCUCAUGGCCUCCCUGGACCAGCCCACCCAGACGGUGCAGAUGCAUCGAACUGAGCCCAGUGCUCAGCAGAACUUGGCCCUGCAGUUGGCUGAGAAGUUGGGGACACUCAUGGAGAACAAUGAGAGAGUCUUGGACCAUAAACAGGGAUCAUAUGGGGGAUACUUCAGAGAUCAGAAGGACGGAUACCGCAAAGGGGAUGGAGGAUACCUGAGACGUGGAGGCUACCGGCAACAGGAGCGAGGCUCCAACUACUGACCCAUAGAGCCCCAUAGCCUGACCCAUAGCCUGCUCCAUAGCCUGACCCAUAGCCUGCCCCAUAGCCU